CUCGCUCGCCCAGCCCCGGGGGGGCCCUCCCCCGCCCCACGGCCCGCCUGGGCCAUGCUCCCCCGGGGCAGCGGCUGAGCCCGAGCUAGGACUAGGACUGGAACUGGGAGCGGAGCCCGCGAGGAGCAUGGAUCCUGGCUGGGGGCAGCGGGACUUGGGCUGGGCGGCUCUGUUGGUCCUUUUCGCUGCCUCGCUGCUCACGGUGUUCGGCUGGCUGCUGCAGUAUACUCGGGGCUUGUGUCUGGUGCGGGCCCAAGAGGCCCAGAGCCCGGGACCCGCCUUAGCUGUCGAGCCCGUGGGUUCCCUGCGGAAGCUGGGCGUGUGGCACUCGUUGCUAAGGCUGCGGGCCACUCGGCCCGGCGGCCCGGAGGAGCCAGGCGUCCAGGGCCUCCUGGCGUCACUUUUCGCCUUCAAGUCUUUCCGGGAGAACUGGCAGCGGGCUUGGGUGCGAGCGCUCAACGAGCAGGCCUGCAGGGACGGGAGCUCCAUCCAAAUCGCCUUUGAGGAGGUGCCCCAACUCCCACCCAGAGCCAGCAUUAGUCAUGUGACCUGCGUAGACCAAUCAGAGCACACCAUGGUGCUGCAUUGCCAGCUCUCUGCUGAGGAGGUUAUGUUCCCAAUUUCUGUGACCCAACAGUCCCCAGCUGCUGUCUCCAUGGAGACCUACCACAUCAUUCUGACACUGCCAUCAACACAGUUGGAAGUCAAUCUGGAGGAAAUCCCUGGUGAGGGGCUGCUUAUAUCCUGGGCCUUCAAUGAUCGCCCAGAUCUCAGCCUGAGAGUGCUUCCCAAGCUGCAGACCAGAGAGAGAGGUGAAGAACAAGUAGAGCUCUCCACUAUUGAGGAACUGGUUGAGGAUGCCAUAGUCAGUACCCAGCCAGCCAUGAUGGUCAACCUCAGGGCUUGCUCUGGUCCUGGAGGUCUGUUGCCCAGUAAGAAGCCACCCAUGGUAUCCCAUGCCCAGCCAGCCAUCCCCAAACCUACCCGGUUAUUCCUACGGCAGCUUCAAGCAUCGCACCUGGGAAGUGAGCUGGAAGGCACUGGGGAACUAUGCUGUGUAGCUGAGCUCGACAACCCCAUGCAACAGAAGUGGACCAAACCCACAAGGGCUGGUCCUGAGGUGGAAUGGACUGAGGACCUCACAUUGGAUCUGGGCCCCCAGAGCCGGGAGCUGGCCCUCAAGGUGCUGAGGAGCAGCAGCUGUGGAGGCACUGAACUCCUAGGCCAGGCCACACUGCCUGUGGGCUCCCCUUCCAGACCACUGUCCCGAAGACAGGUGUGCCCACUCACCCCUGGGCCAGGGAAAGCCCUAGGACCAGCAGCCACUGUGGCAGUGGAGCUUCAGUAUGAGGAGGGCUCACCCCAGAACCUGGGCACUCCCACCCCUUCCACGCCGCGCCCCAGCAUCACACCUACCAAGAAGAUUGAGCUAGACCGGACCAUCAUGCCUGAUGGCACUAUUGUCACCACAGUCACCACUGUCCAGUCCCGGCCUCGUGUAGAUGGCAAACUAGACUCCCCCUCCCGUUCCCCGUCCAAGGUGGAGGUGACUGAGAAGACAACAACUGUGCUGAGUGAGAGCAGUGGCUCCAGCAGUACCUCCCACAGCAUCAGCCCAGGGGAGAGCCAUCUUUCCAACGGCUUGGACCCUGUAGCAGAGACAGCGAUUCGCCAGCUGACUGAACCCAGUGGGCGAGCAGCCAAGAAGACACCCACUAAGCGUAGCACUCUCAUUAUCUCUGGUGUUUCCAAGGUGCCUAUUGCUCAGGACGAGUUGGCACUGUCCCUGGGCUAUGCGGCAUCUCUGGAAGCCUCCAUGCAGGAUUAUGCAGGGAACAGCAGAGGUCUCUCUUCGCCUCCCUCAGAUGACCCACCAGCCAUGUUUCCAGGACCCCUAGAUGCUCUCUCCAGUCCCACAAGUGUCCAGGAAGCAGAUGAGACAACACGUUCGGACAUUUCUGAGAGGCCGUCUGUGGAUGAUGUUGAGUCAGAAACAGGAUCUACUGGUGCCCUAGAGACCCGCAGUCUCAAGGAUCACAAAGUGAGUUUCCUGCGCAGUGGUACCAAGCUCAUCUUCCGACGGAGACAUCGACAGAAAGAAGCUGGUCUGAGCCAAUCACACGAUGACCUCUCCAACACGUCAACCACACCCAGUGUCCGAAAGAAGGCUGGCAGCUUUUCUCGCCGCCUUAUUAAGCGCUUUUCCUUUAAAUCCAAACCCAAGGCCAAUGGCAACCCCAGCCCCCAGCUAUGAGGGUACUCCUCAUGUCCUGAGCUACGGGAGGGCAGGAGUCCUCUCAACCCAUUCCCCAUAUCCCGUUCCAUUCCCCUUCCUGCAUUCCCAACAUCCUGGGCCAGGGAAGCCCUCUGGGUUCCAGGAAGCCCUGUCUACCCUGGACUCUGGGGCCAAUUGGAAAGGUACUUGCAGUGGGAAGCAUGUGAGAGAUGAGCACCUCUUGCUGAGGACAUACAGUGGGUGGCUAGGUGGCUAGGAGUCAGAGGAGGACUCUGUCCUGGCAUGGGUGGGCAUUCCUCAGAACAGGUUGCCUCCUGUUGACACUGUCCCCUCAGAGAGUCCCAGGGUGCUCAGGACCUCAGCUGAUCCUUCCUCCCUUAUUUAUUCUCUUUUCUAUUUAUAUGUGUAGUCCAGGACUCUCAGCAAACAGAUGAUAGAGGGCAUCUCUCCCAGGUGACCCUUUUUUCCUGUCUCAGAAGGAUAGGCAAUUCCCUUUGGGAUGGGGCUCCCACACCUUCCUUAUGUCCCUACUCUGACCAGCACCAGUGUCUCCCUUUUAGGACAUUGGCAGCUCAUACAAAGUUGGGCCAGUGCCCAGGAUGGGGGGCAGGUACUCCCCACCUCUCUGCCUCCUCUUCUGCCCCUCAUCCCUUCUUUCCCUUUAUUAUCGUUUUUGUACUUGAUGCCUUCUCCAUGAGUAGUGGCUUUUUUGGGAGGAGGGAUUUGGAGGCCUAGUGGGAAUUCUUUCCUGGGCAGAUGGCUUUAGGGGCUUUAUUUGAAGACUGUGUGAUGAUGGAGCAUGAGCAGGUUUGCACCUUGGUGUGUUGGGAGAUGAUGAUGUCCAUUGCUGUCUGAUGGCUUGGAAUUUAAUUUAUUAAAGUCAGUUUGGAGUUUAUAAACUGGACAACUGGUUAUCCUUUGAAAGGCAAUGGGACAGUGAAGCUGUGGUGUUCACGGAGGGGGAGGAUCAGAAACAGGGACCACAUAGUGAUGUGAGGUAGGUGAUACAAUACUGGGUCUGCUAAGAAGUUCCUUCAGGGAGGAAGAGACACGUGGAAAGUAGAUGCUUUCAAAGACAAAAGAGUUUCAAGGAUGAAGCUGUUGCAAAAAGUCAAUCAGAAAGAAGUAAAUUGGCUAGUACAGGAAUCUUCAUCUUCAUUUCCCUUUUUUGAACAAGUUGUUCCAGGACAUAACAGAGUCUAGAGCAUGGACUCUUGAUCUCAACUGCCUGGAUUUGACUCCAGCUCCGCUAAUUAACUUUGUGACCUUGGGCAAGUUAUGUAACCUCAGAGUGCCUCAGUUUUCUCAUCUAUAAGAUGGGGAAUGUGAGAAUAGUAGCUAUCAUUUGGUUGUAGAUGAGAAGUAACCAUUACCUCAGAAGAGACAGAUUGGGAGGGAGAAGUCUUUUUAAAAUUUUUCAGUUACAGUUGACAUUUAAUAUUAUUUUAGUUUCAAGUAUACAGCACAGUGGUUAUACAUUUAUAUAAUUUAUGAAGUAGUCCCCCAGAUAAUUCUAGUACCCACCUGGCACCUUACAUAGUUAUUACAAUAUUAUUGACUCUCUUCCCUAUGCAGUACUUUACAUCCCCUUGACUAUUUUGAAAGUACCAAUCUGUACGCCUUAAUUUCCUUCACCUUUUUCAUCUAACCUCCACAACCCCCUGCACCCAAAUCUGGCAGCCAUCAGUUUAUUCUCUAUGAAUCUGUUUCUGUUUUGUUUGCUUAUUUUGUUCUUUAGAUUUCACAUAUAAGUGAAAUCAUAUGGUAUUUGUCUUUGUCUGGCUUAUUUCACUUAGCAAAAUACCCAGUAGGUCCAUCAAUGCUGUUGCAAAUGGUAAGAUUUCAUCCUUUUUUAUGGCCAAGUAGCAUUCCAUUGUAUAUAUGUACCACAUCUUCUUUAUCCAAUCAUCUAUCGAUGGAAAUUUAGGUUACUUCCGUAUCUUGGCUAUUGUAAAUAAUGCUGCAAUGAGCAUAGACUGCAUGUAUCUUUUUGAAUUAGUGUUUUGGAUUUCUUCAGAUAAAUACUCAGAAGUGGAAUUGC